UCAAAAGAAACAAUAUUCUUUAAAAACAUUACAGGAUUUACAGGUAAUAAUACCUAGCUAUAACAAGAGAAUCAAUGAAAUUAUCGUUUGUAGGAAAGGGAUUAUCAGUUUUAAGUAGAUUAUAAAACAUGGAUGAUGACGCAGAAACUUACAAACUCUGGCGUAUACGUAAAACUGUAAUGCAGUUGUGCCAUGACCGAGGAUAUUUAGUCACGCAAGAUGAAUUGGACCAAACUUUAGAACAAUUUAAAGAGCAGUUUGGCGAUAAACCAAGUGAGAAAAGACCAGCAAGAAGUGAUUUGAUUGUGUUAGUGGCUCAUAAUGAUGAUCCAACGGAUCAGAUGUUUGUUUUCUUUCCUGAUGAAGCUAAAAUUGGUAUAAAAACUAUAAAGACAUAUUGUACAAGAAUGCAAGAAGAGAAUAUUCAUAGGGCUAUUGUUGUUGUCCAGGCGGGAAUGUCACCAUCAGCUAAACAGUCACUGGUUGAUAUGGCACCCAAAUACAUUCUAGAACAGUUCCUUGAAUCGGAACUACUGAUUAAUAUAACCGAACAUGAGUUGGUACCGGAACAUAUUGUGCUGACACCUGAUGAAAAGCAAGAACUCUUGGCAAGAUAUAAGCUGAAAGAGAACAUGUUGAUGAGAAUACAAGCAGGUGACCCUGUGGCGAGAUACUUUGGACUUAAACGAGGACAGGUGGUGAAGAUCAUAAGAUCAUCGGAAACAGCUGGGCGGUACAUUUCGUAUAGAUUAGUUUGUUAAUUUAGCAAUAAGAUAAAAAUAAAAAUAAGGGAACAAAAUCUACAUACCUAA